CUUCUGCUCAUGGCAACAUUGACUGACGUAGCUGUCACUCAUCUUGCUUGUCUGUCUCGACCUGUGGUCUCGACUCGACCACCAACAACCCAAAUUACCCAAAUCUUCUACAAUGGCAGAUGCGAAGCAAGAAAUGAAUAAUGGGACAUCUCAGUCACGAUCUGUGCUGGCAAAACCUCGUCUUGGUGCUUUUGGUUCCUCUGGGUUUGGAGCUAGUACUUUUGGGUCCAUAUUACGUCCAUCCCAGCUGAAACCAGGCAGCAAUCCAUUCCUUAAAGUCGCUGACUCAGAAGAGGCUGAAAAGAAAGAGAAAGCUGACAAUGAAACUGAGAAACCUAAAGGAGAGGAAAGGCUUACUGAAACCAAGGAGGAUGCUCCCAAAUUUGUACCUCUCGGUGCCACAAGCAGUGCUCCGAGAACCUCCACACAAGUCCCAGCACCCACACAGCCUGCUUCUGGGACAUCAGGGUUUGUCUUUGGACAGAAUUUAAGUGAACGAGUUGUUAUUCAAGACAGUGUUAAUAAUGGUGAUCCUGGGCCGUCAGAGCACAGUAUGAAGAAUGGUACGUCUGAACUGUUGUUCACAAGCGCAGCUGCAUCUGUUAUGGAAAAUAGUCAGGAUUCAGCAGGGGGCAGCUCCGCGGGUAACGCUCACGACAGCGGCGCGGGGCUGGCGGCUGCCGCCGCGGAGUACGAGCGUGCGCAGGCGCGCCCGCCGCCGCCCGCCGUCACCACCACCACGGGCGAGGAGGACGAGAUCAACGUGCUGCAGUUAUCGUGCCGCUUGUUCGCUUGGGAGGCCGGCAGCUGGCGCGAGCGCGGGCGCGGCGUGCUGCGGCUCAACGACGCGGCCGCCGGCGCCGACGCGUCCCGGCUCGUGGCCAGGGUGGCCGGAUCGCUGCGCGUGGUGCUGAACACGAAGAUCUGGCCGGACAUGGUAGCGGAGCGCGCGGGCAGCAAGUCGCUGCGCAUCACCGCCACCGACGCCGCGCACCAGGUCAAACUCUUCCUCAUCAUGGGUAACCCCGGCGACAUCGUCCAACUUCACCGCGCCGUGCUGGCGCGCAUCUCUCUCAGCAAGCGCGCGGGCGACGCGGCCACCCGCCUCCGCGACGCGCACGAGACCGGCGAGUGCCCCGCGCACGCGCACGCGCACGCGCACGCGCACGAGCACACGCACCGACUCCACGCCCCGCCCCUCGCCGACGACGAGCAGGACACACAUACUGAAGACAAGGAUGGCGACUCGGAGAGCAAAGACGGCGAAACGGAAGAUAAGGAUAGCAACCCGCUUAAGAGAAAAGAACCGGUCGGAGACGAAACCUCCCCUAAGAGACAGUGCCCCGAAAUUCUAAUAGAGUGAUAGACAGCCUAGUGAGAGACACAGCCUUGCAGCUCUGAGUUCAAAAAAUUGUGGGUAGACCCGUUUGACUUACAGACUCUUGAAUCUAAUGUGACGUUUCGUCGAAUCUUGUCCUAAUAAUUUUUUUCCUUACAAAGGAUAGAACAAACUUAACCUAAUAUAUGGAUUUAUUUAAAUGUGAGUAUAUUCUGUUAUGGAAAGAACAUAUUAGAUCAAAUUUAAUGUUCGACGAAACAUUAAAUUCGAUAAACAAUUUUCGGCCAUCCGAGAGAUAUCACAAAUUGUGAAUAUGCGUAGGGUUAUUUAAUGUUUAAAUCGAUGCGCUUGUUAAAUUAGUUAUUUUAAAAAGUUCGGCCAGCUGACCGUAUCACUAGAAAUAGCUGAAAGAAUCAUACUAUACGCCAGUAACAACAGUUACGUCAUAGAAAUAUAGUAUGCUUUCAACUAUUUUCCUUUUGGCACGUACGGCUGGCCAAACUAGGUAAAUAGUCAUAUCGACAGGGAGCUUGGGAAAGGCAUUUUACUUUGUGUAGUACAAAAGCGUGAAGUGCGAGCGCGGAUUCGUCUCACAUUCCUGAAGUGAGCAAAUUACAGAUGUUCGGCCGGAGCUGGAUGCCAAAUAUGUGUAAUAAUUGUUUAAUUUCUCAUCGAUCAUAAUGUAUAACAAUAAAUAAUUAAGACUAAUAAA